AGCUCCGCACAAACUCUGCAGAAGGCCAGCACGAGCCGUCUUCAAUGUUGACAAACACGCUCAAGCUAACGGGCUGUUCCUGAUUUUUCCUCAGAAAUUACAGCUUUUUUUUUUACUGGACUUUGCUGACUAACUAACUGUGUAUUUCGACUGCUGGGCACUGUUUCAUACCCGUAACCUACACGGCUGUACUAGAUAGCAGAAAAGCUAACGGUAACUUUUGCUAACCUAGCGAACGCGUUUGGCUACAAGUGGCCAACUGUGAGGAGGUGGCUAGCUAGCUUGCGUGCUAAUGUCCCGAAGCGAAUAAGACUCGCCAAUUUGCGUAUUCGAAGCGGCAUUUCCACACAGAUAUCAGCGUGUAUGCUUUAUAACUACGUUUGAGUAGGUUAAUGUUAGCAACUUGGCUAUCUCGCUCACACCGAGGUUGUAUCGUGCUUCAUAACGGAACAUCUCGAGUUCACUACCGAAUCCCCCGACUUAGGUUAACUUCCUAGGAACUUAAACCAGAUGUGUGACUCGGAUGAGCCGCAGUUCGCUGACAGUUAAGGUAAACAGUAUGAAGGGAGAACCCUUGGACUUGAUUUAGCGAAUGUGGCAUAUGCUAUGCCGAAUCGUCGCGCCCGCUGAACCAGUGGCCUCCCCCAUAAAGGGAUUUGCGUUUUUCUGUGUGCUUCAUAGAAGGAACGAAGAUGGUGAUUAGGAGCGUGUAUGGCUGGUGUAUUUUGGUAACCAAAUGUUGGAAGCCGUCGGCCGAGCUUUACUGUCACCAGCACAGUGAGGUCAUUUGCAAGUGAUGCGAGGACUGCUAUUCAGCUUCACUCGGCCAUGGAGCAAACAGAGGAGAAAGCCGAGUUGCAGGAGCUCUCUGUGCACUUGCAGAAGGACGGCUUGUCCCCUGAGGCCUCAGCAGAUGAGCGGCAAUGUCACCUGUGGCGUUUGCUUCAGCGCAGUGAGGGCACCUUGGCCGCGGCCACCGAGGAGCUGCAGGCGCUGCGCACACAGCAGGCCAGCGAGAUGAGAGAGGUGGAGAAUUAUGUGGAGCACAUUCGAAACAUGCUGGAGGAGCGUGAAUGUCUGACAGCUGAAUAUGAACGUGACAGUGAGCAGCUUCGUGCUGAGCUCGCACAGAUGAAGCACCAGCAAGAGUGCCAGUGUAAGGAGGUGACGGAGAUGCUGGAGCAAGAAGGUCUAGCUGAGAUCAGUCAUAGCAGCGCCAGCGAGCAGGUGGCCUACCUGCUUGUGGAGAGAGUUACCUUGUUAGAGAGGUUGGAGGCUGCAGAGAGGAAACUUGAUACUCAGACCCUCACUGGAAACCUCAGGGAGGUCCAUCUACAGGAGGAACUGGACCACAUCCGGCACACUCUGGAAGCGGAGCUCAAACAGCAAAGGGAAAACGUGCACCACACUAAAGAGAGCAUAAACAAGGGACAGGAAUCUCCAGCUCAGAGCCCCUGGAGGAAACUCUUUGGGGUGCGCAAGGCUACACAAAGGGCACAGAGCCUUACUCCUGCCCACAGUGAGGAGCUGGCACAGGAGCGCAAAGAAAGGCAGAAGCUAGAGCGGGAUCUGGAGGAGGCAUCCAGUAGACUCGCUAUGGCUCAUAAAGAAAUUCGCAACCUGACCAAUGAGCUAGAUCUGGCUCAGAAAGCCCAGACCAUUUCUGGGCCUGACCUGAAGACAACAGGCGAAGAAGUGGCACGGCUGAAACAGGAAGUAGAAAAGCUGAAACAGUGUGAUAUGGUGGAGCUACAGAAGGCAAAGGAACGCAAUGAAAGACUCGACACAGAGAUUCGGGUCCUGAGGGAUAGAGUGCGCUCGUUAGACUCAGAGAGGAAGACUCUUUUGAAACUGAUUGAAAAUUCUAAGACAAAUUCUAAUCAUGGAGACGGCACAGAGCAUGAUCCAACUCAUUCUGCACAGGUUGAUGGCAGUGAGAAUAAUCAAGAACUGCCAGAUACAACACUAAAUGAUGAACAAGAACAACUUCAUAAAAGGUGUCGAAGAGAGUCUGAAGAUAAGGACUGUCGUCUGCGGGAGCUGCAGAGGAGGCUGCAGAAACAGCAGCAGGAGUAUGAGGAGCUGGUAGAGAGGAAUGAAGAGCUGGAGGCACUGCUGGGAGAGACACAGAACAAGGCUAAAGAGGAACGAGAACUUCAUGAGUGUGAAGUGGAGGGCUUGCAAAGGAAGAUUAAAAAUAUGGAGGUUGAACUGAAUUUAAAGAGGACUGUGGAAAAGGAGAAUCAGACGAAAGAAGCAGUCCCUGAGCUCAAAGAAAGUGGUUUUCAGGAGAGGCUGACAUUUCUGGAGAGUCGUCUGGCUGAGGAGAAGGACUGGAGAAAACAGUUAGAGGUGGACUUAUCUGUAGCUCAGUCUUCCCUCAAGAAAGAGAAACAGACAAUGCUCAGAGAUCAUGAGGAGCUGAAGAGAUUGCGCUUAGAGGUGCAGAGCUUGCAGGCUGCGUACCAGCAAGAGAAAUCCCUUAACAAGAACCUCACACAGAUUAAAGGAGAAAAAGGAAUUCUGGAAGAAAAGGUGGCCCAGUUGGAGCGUGCUCAGACGCGACUCCAGGACGACCUGGCACAGCAUACAGAGAACAGCAGAGUGCAGGAGGAUCUGCGAGAGAGCAGGGAGCAGGUGACACAGCUUAAGGCUCUAGUUGAACAGCUGAGAUCAGAGCUGUCUACACUGGAGAAAGAACACAGCACUCUGAGGGAUGAGCUGGUGGAGAAGCGCAGGCAGGUAAUGGAGCUGCAGACUGAGUUGAGCGUCAGAGCCCAUGAGAGGCUACAGGCUGAAGGUCAGACAGAGCGGCUCAGCCUCGAACUACAGCACGUAAAGGAGCAGCUUCAGUCCGCAAGUCAGGAAAAAGCAUCUGACCCUAAUCCUAAACCACCUGCAGGAGAUGACAAAGGGCUCAGCCAGGUGGCAUGUGUGAGGUCAGAGAUGAGCAAACUGCACACCACCCUGGAAGAGGAAAAACAGCUGGCCACCCAGCACAAGCUGGCCCUGCAGGCUCAGAUCAGUGAGGCCCAGGCUCGGGCCAAGGCUCAGGAAUCGCUCCUGCAGCAGAAGGGCGAGGAGAAUAAGCAGCUAAAGCAGGACCUUCAAAGGACCCAACAUCUCUUCACUUCAGCUGAGCGGGAGCUGCGCUAUGAGAGGGAGAAAAACCUUGACCUUAAAAGACACAAUGCACUUUUAGACCAAGAGAAGAUGAAGCUGUGCGCAGAGCUCAAGCAGACCCAGGCUAAACUGGCCCAGGUGGAGACCAGUGCAGAAGGGCAGGCUGCAGAGUUGGAGCACCUGCAGCAGAGAACCAGAGAGUUGGAUCUGGAGUUGGCCAGGAGCAGUCAGAACAGGCAGACUAGCUGCAGUCUCAAGGAGGAGCUCAAUGCUGAGAGAGCCCGCGUUAUAUCUGCCGACAAAAAGGUCUUGGAGCUUCAGCAGCAGUUGAAGAACACUCUGCAUCAGUUACGUCUGGAGGAAGCCAGAGCAGGAGAGACCAGCAAACUGGAGAGAGACACCAGGGACAUGUCUGAUAACCUGUCUGCCCUCAGAGCCAAACUGCAGGAGGAGCAGCUCCAGAGGAAAUUGCUGGAGCAGAGAGAAGAGGAGCUGCAGCAGCAGGUACGCUCUCUGCGCAUAAAGGAGGCUACCCUCAGCCGCACUAACUCUGAGCUCUCCCACCGCUCCCAGCAGCUGAAUACACGGCUAGAGGUGCUGGAGAAUGAGCUGACCUCCACCAGAGAGCAGCAGAGGCUCAGUCAGAAGAGCUGCCAUGAUCUGGAUGAGCAGCUCAUGUCUGCCCAGCAGGAGUCAGAGAGAUUGCAGCAAGAACUGCAGCAGGUCCUCCACCAACUCGACACUAACAUCAGAAGAUACAAUGAAAAGCAGUCUCUACACAAGACCAAGCUGCGCAGAGCAAAGCAGCUGUUCGUGAAGGCAACCACCCAGCGAGACCUGCGUAUCCAGAAACUGGAGAACGAUCUGGCUCUUGCAACGAGUCUGUCAGAGAAAGAAAAAGACUGGAUUAGGACUGUGACAGAAGAGAAUGAUCAGCUCCUGCUAGAGAGGCGAGAGUUGCUCAGGAGGAUGACUGAGGCUGAGGAGAUGGGUAACAAUGGAAUGAGAACAGCAACUACCAUACAGCAAAGGGUGAAGUUCCUGGAAGUGGAGAAUAAACAGCUUCAGGAGAAAACACUGAAGCUGGCCAAUCAAAUUGGAGUUCUCGAGCGGGCACUGAGAAAUCUUCAGUCAGUGUGUACUGUUGAGGAGGUAAAGAAAAUCUUUCCUUCUGGAGCACACACUGAUGGCCUGUUUCGAAUGUCAACUCCAAGUCCGAAGCCAGGGCUGUGUGACUCGUGGGGACUAUUGGAUGCCAUCCGCAGGGUUAAAGUGGGAGAGCAUGUAAAGAGCUUGGAGUCAUCUCUCUCCCUGCCCACCUCCCAGCCUUCAGAGAUUGGCUACCUAAAUGUAAGCUCCCCCAUGGCUCCCAGCGCCACACUGGACCAAGAGGAGGAUCACAGUGCAGCAAGUGAAGACACCUGAGGAACUGCUCCAUCCAUUAUUACAGAGAUUGCCAGUCAUCUUCAGCUUCAUAGUCAAGUCUAAUGAGUGGUUAAAUCACUGGGUCAGAUGGUGCCUACACUCAAUACAGUUGAGUGAACUCAAGAAUUCUGUGCAACUAGUCUUUAUUCCUGCCAUUAGGAUUCAUAUAAUGACAUAUAUCUGUGAUACAAUUUCACUGUGGAACUGAGGUGAUGUAAAUUUGAUAUGCGUGGCAUAAGAAGACUUGCAGCAGCUUUGUCACACUUGCCCUCUGGCCAUUUGAUUUACUAGAUCAAAAUUCUGAUUCCAUAAAGUGAUAUUGCCUGGAAAUUGAAGCUAAUGGUAGCCAGAUUAUAUUUCUCAACUUUUGUUUUUGUAAUCAACUAAAUUUCCCAUGCUUUUACUCAGGGUUAUUACUUCUGAAUUGAGUUCGUCUUUGCCACUCAUAUUCAUUACAGCAGAGAUCUCCAUUCAGUCCUUGAAGACCCUCGGGCAGUCAGUUUUCUUCUGUUCAAGCAACCCACACACCUGAACCCUGUAGUCAAAGUUGCAAAGCCUCUGAUGUCCUGACUUUGGUUUAGUAGGUGCUGAGAAAGUUCAAAGAAAUGUGAUUCUGUAGGACCAAAGUGAGAGCCUCAGAAGUAGAGCAUGGAGAUGAAGUAACUCCACGUAACUAGUUUUAUGCCUUUUACUGCUCUGCCCCCUACAGAUUGCAGACUAGAGGAAUAAGCAAGCUGGACUGAUGUCUAAGGCAGAGGCAGAAUAGAACGUUUGAGGUUGUGAGAUAUCUGCAAGCAAUAUAAUUCAAUGGAUUUCAAGGCCAAAGCAGAAUGUACAGCCUCAUAAAAGCUGGGGAAACUGUGAGGUACAUUUUUUGAUAUUGACAAUCCUGAAAGGGAGAAAUGCCACAAAACAGGGAUGAGCUGGAGCACUUUUAUUUGGUCUGAUUUUUUUUUUAUUGUAUACUGUUUACAUCAGCCCCGCGACCCAGAAACAUAAGCGGCUUUGUGUGUGUGUGUGUGUGUGUGUGUGUGUGUGUGUGUGUGUGUGUGUGUUUACAACAGAAAACCACUAUUGCCUUUUGGGGUAUGUAGUUGAAAACAAGCACAUUUGUGUCCAGGAUAGAUGGGGUAAAAGGUAUAAAUGCCACCACACUACAAAUGUAAUUAAAAUGGCCAACAUUUUAUUAUUACAAUAUCAUAUUAUUUAAUCGUUAGCAAUAUUCUCUAGUCCAAAGAAGAUCUCAGUCUCAGAUCAGUAGAGAGUUGACGGAUGUUUUUGACCUGAAUUUCCUAGCCUUGGUCCUUGCCUCAUUAACUUGACUACUACAAAAGUAGAAAUGUACUAUUUCUGCAGGUGAGUGAUGCUCUUUGCUAAUCAGAAAUGGCUUGACACUUCAACAGUUUAACUUUUAAUGUUUUAGACACUUUAGGAGAAUUUAGGAGAUUAAUUUAACCCACACAGUUGUCAGCAUUAGGAUGUAAUAAUUCAUUUUAUUCAAAAAUUCUGACCCAUGUCUGUCUUAUUGCACUAAAUGUCAAUGACAGAAAAAUCAUGUGGGGUAUUGUAUAAAAUCAUCUACAGUCUUACUAAUAUGAACAGCCUUACAGUGUUGUUUGUUAUGUACAGAAUGAUGUCUGCUGCAUUUUAAGCAGAAUCAAAUAUUUGGGGGUUUUAUUAUGUCAUUUUGUGCAAAUUCAUAUUUUACACAGUAGUUAUUUGGUACUUGCACAUGAACCUAUUGCAUAAAAUAGGCCUUAGAGAGUGAAAUCUGUCUGCAAUUAAAAGGAUGUUUGAUAUAAAGGAGUGAUUGUUGUAAUAUACAUGUAUUAUAGUUAUUUGCAGUAUGAAAUCAGUAACCUGCAUGUUUUGACAAUGACAAAAUGAGAAAUAGCGAUGCGAUUUCUAAACUGCAGCUGAUCAGCUUUAUUUUAGUGUGAUGUCCUUUUCACAGUUUAUAUAAGCACCAUGUGAAAACAUAACUCCAUGAACAAUUGAGCAACAGUUUACAUGUAACAUGAACAAAAAUAUUUAUUUUCUUAUUAAACAAGUUUAUUUUCA